UUAGAUUUUCUGGUUCAGCUUUUGUCUGCCAUUUAUUUAUAUUUCUUUGAUAAUAAAGCAUUUAUUACUGAUUAUUUUGAUGUAACGGUAGAUUGUGUGGCGCUGUUGUCAUUUUUUUCCUUCCACGGAAUCGUUCCCUUGUUGAAAAUAUACAUGGAGACUGCUCAGCUGGUUUAGCUAUAGCAUCCGGGUUCUGAGCACCUUCCGACAUUUCUAUUUUUGCAUCAUUAAAUAGUUGUGUGCGUAAUUUGUUGUUUGUAAUUGAAUGAUGCGUCCUAUUGUGUAAUAUUGUAUAGAGUCUUAUUGUACAGUGUAUAUACAUUUAUAUUGUGUAAAUAUAUUGUUACGUCACUUUUUUCUGUGUAUCUGUAAAUAGAGUUUUUAAACGACCUCUUCAUUACGUGCGAAAGAUGGCCAUGGUUCGUCAGUUGACAGAAGGUGAAAUUAUAAACGGUGGCACUCCUGAUGAUGAUAGUAUGUCCGAGCAUCUGGAGAAUUUUAAUAAUAGUAGGCCUCCAUCUCGCAGCUCAUCUGGAAGUAAACGAAGCUCGCCUGCAGUAAUGCCUUCGUUACAAUACUCCAAGGAUGAUUUGAUAAAAUUCUCAACUUUACCAUUGUCUCAAAGUCGGCCUGCUUGCUUAGACCCUGCUUAUAACAACUCAACUGGAAAAUGGGAUCCUGAACGUUGGUUUAUGAACCAUAGAAGUGACCGCAUUCUUCCAUUAGAAGAACCCAGGGUGAAACGUGAGCGACAAGAUGACAUGUUGGGCCAUAAACGAAAGUCAUCAGAUCCUAAGGAACGUAUCAAGGAGGAAAAGGAUGACAUUGUUCUAAGUCCUCAGCGUAGAAGUUUUGGAACGGGCUGUCAUGUGAUCCCUCAAUCUUCACUGGCAAGGAGACCUGGUAGCCCUACGGAUGGUCGAGACUCUGAAAGUUUUAGGGACUCGUCAAGAAGAAUAGGUAGUGGUCGAAUUAUGAGAGAUCAAAGAGACUGGGAACGUGAUCGAGAGUAUGGCUAUGGCAACAAUAGGAAUGAGCGUAGAGAUAGAUUUGAUCAGGAUGAUAAUGAGAAGGACAUGCGUCGCUAUUCUAAUCGUUACAAUCGUAAUGAUAGAAGAUCACGUAGUGGACGAGAUCGCAUUGAUGAAAUAGAACCUGAAUGGUUUAGUAGUGGUCCUACUAGUCAAUCUGAAACUAUAGAGCUUGUUGGAUUUGAAGAUCCUCACAAUGAUGAUGAAAACAAAAAACCCUCAAAAAAGUCAAAACGCAAACAAAAUUCACGACGUUCAAGCCUAAAAUCUGAGGAAGGCGAAAAGCAAGACACGAGUACCACUCCACCAGAAGAUAAUAGUUCAACGAAAAAAGCUGAAGAAGAGUUGAAAAAGCCUAUUGAAGAGGUAAAUGAAGAAAAAGUAGUUGAUGAAGAACCUAAGGACAAUAAACCUAUUUCAGCUGGGUUUGAGAUUGAUGACUUAUUUAAAAUUGAUUGGAUGCCCCCUGGAUUUAUUCCAAGUACUUCUCCUCCCCCAAAUGAAAAUAAUGAAAUGGGUUGUAGUCGUUUCAGUCAAUGGUUUCGCAAAGAAAGCCCAGUGAAUGAACUAACUGAAUCUGGGAAUAAUAGUCGCAGAUCUUCACUUCAAGAAGAACUAAUAGCUAAUGUUCUAAACAGUAUUGUAGAACCCCAGCUGAGUAUACCAUCUCCAACAGAAAAUUCCUCGGAUAACUUCUUUACUCCAAUCAGUCCAGCACAAUCACAUUCUACUGGCUACACAAUGUCACAAACUAUGCAGUCUAAUACUAAUAAAGACAUCAUGGAUAUCUUCCAAACAAUGAAAUCAAAUAACGAAACAACAACUUUGGCAAACAUGAAAGAAUCUGGAAAAACUGUGCAAGAGCUAGAAGCGGAUUUGAAAAAACUAGUAUUGGGUGAUCAAAAACAAGAAGAAAAAUCUGCAUUUGACAAACUGUUGCAGCAUAUGUCCGAUUCCAGAAGCUCUCCAACUGCAUCUUUAAGUAUUGGACCUCUAGAUAAAUCAAAAGCUGUUCAAGAACAAGAUCUUCUUCAGGAUAUGUUAAGAACAAAUCAACCGACUUCAAAUAUUUCCCCUGUUCAACAAGUAUUCCAAAUGUUUGAAGAAAAACAGCCUAUGUUUAAACUGUCACCUGGAAUGUCUUCCACUCAAUUUUCUCAAGCUCCUAGGGAGCCCACAAAUGAUAUAUUUGCUCAUUUGUUACAACAAAAGCAACACGAGCAGCAUAUGCAGCAAAUCCAUCAGCAGCAACAGUUACAUCAACUUCAAAAUCAUAUGCAACAACAAAAUCCUGGAUUAACUGUUGAUAUGAUCACUAAACUUCUUGGCUCUACUCCUCAAGCUGUCAGUCCUUCAUCCUCAAGCCUGCAAAGCUCUUCAACACUUAAUAGAAAUGAUCCACAGAUGAUGAAUUCUGUUAUCCAGUAUCAAAGACAGCGUGAGCUACUAUCUUCCAUAUUAAAGCAGCAGCAACAACAACAACACCCUCUUCACAAUUUACCUCAAUCUUCUGUAUUGCAACCUAUGCCACAACGCCGUUGUCCGUCCGCCAAAGAUAUUCCCAUUCAACAAACAUUGGCUCUCCCAACUUUGGGAAUCAGUCCUCGCCAAUCGCCAAUGCCUUCUGAAGCCAUUGGUUCAGCCAUUCCUAGUCAAGGACGUAUACCAUCCCCUCUUGUGUUUGGUCAGCAGCCACCAGCUUUAAGUCAUGCGCCAGCACCUAUACACCCAGCUGCUUUAGCUCAAGCUAUGGUUCAAAAUGCAGCAAGUUCAAACACCUUGCAAGUUCAGAAUCCUGUGGUUUUGCAAAGAGUUCCAUCUCCACAAGAACUUGCUGUUCAUACUCAAUCUAUAUUACAAAAUGCUCUAAUUAAAAGGAAACUUGAAGAACAAAAGGAAAACUUUCGAAAGAGGCAAGAAGCACAAAGAGCAAGCUCUCCUGUUAUGUCUGCAAAAAACAGCAUGACUCCAUCACCACUUAAAGGUCUUAGUCCAACUAUUGCAUUCACUCCAACUUCAGUGAUGCGAAAAAUACAAUCAGAGAAAGUGGAAAAUAAAGAACUGAAAAAUGGAAGUCAAAAUGGUAUUGAGUCCAAAAUAUCUGAUAACAUUCAGAAUUUUCCAAAAUCAAAUUCUGUUACAAUGCCGAAUUCUGGACAUCAAACUAGUUUUGAAAGUAAUUUGGCCACUCUGAAUAACAGUCACCUCACAUCUUCUUACACCAGUGCCAGUUUAAACCAAGGUCCUAGAGCUGUUCAUGGGCAAGGUAAUAAUCAGCCACGCUCUAUUCAUGGUGCAUUGAACUCUGUUAAUCCAUUAGUCAUUCCCAAUCAAGGCAGGCCUAUUGUUAAAGUUGGUAUGACUCAACCUCUUAACCCGACUAAUGAUCUUGCAAGAAGUGCAAUGGCACCUAAUAAACCUCCAGUCACACAUAACAAGUCAUUUUUAUCAAGUAACAAUCAGGGUCUUGGAAUUCAUGACAUGGAUCCAAGCAUGGAUGCAUUAAAUAAAUUUACCUGGCAUCAACAGAUGGCAAGGCAACAAAAUGCUUCUGCAAUGCCUCCUUUACAAAUGGCUGCAACUUAUGCUGCACUUAAUCAAAGGCCACCACCCUUAAACCCACACCAUACUGGUUUAUUGAGACCUGUAAGUAUGGCUUCAACUGCCAAUGUACCAUCAUCUAAUGUGAACUUUCCCCUUCUGAGAAACUCAGUACAAAAUCCAAUCAGAGCACAAACAAAUACACUGAAUCAAUUAAACCAACUGGGACAGCUUGCAGCUCUUCAACUCCAGCGAGGUGCCAUUGACAAUAGGCAGUAUCAGGCAUUGGCCCAAAGUCAACGAUUUCAUCCUGCUGCUUUGCAACAGAUGCUUUUGAACUCUCAAAAUCAGGUCACUGCUGCUCAGGCUCAUGUUGCAGGAUUUCCUGGAAAUAGGGAUUCAAAGCAUCAACACCUUUUACCUGGCCAAGCAUCUGCAAAUCGUUCAUCACCGGUUAAUCUUGCCAAAUGGUUCGGAAAUGAUGUGCUGAAACAAAAAAUGCCUGAUAUGCCUCCUGUUUCUCACCAGAAAGCACUCUUAGUUGAAGAAGUAGAAAGGCAGCAAUAGUCUACAGUUGUUCACAAUUGAUUAUUGUUUGUGUUUUGUUAGCAUGUUUGGAUAAUGAACCUUGGCCUAUUGAGAGUUACUAUAUUUUAAGGUUAGGUAUAUGUUGGUGUUGUCCUUUUUUUCUGUUGAGUCUCAUCUUCAGAGUAAAAAAAUUUUUUUUUUCUUACUCUGAAAAAGUUUUUUUCUGUUAAGUAAAAAGAAAAAAUUUAUAUCUAUAACAUUAGAAGGAGUUAUGAAUUUAUUUGUUUUUGUGUCCUCUUACAUCUUUACAAACCAGAAAAACUGUGAUAUUAAAAAAGAAAAGAAACUUAUGAUUCUCUGUGUAUGUAUGUGUGUGCGUCGUAAAAAUGUGAACUGAUUGUCCAUUGAGCAGUAGAUGCUGUGUUUUAGAAACUUUUUUUUUCUUUUCUGUUUAUUCUUUUCAAAACCUUUUUAAUUGUCUUUAAAAAAAAUUAAUUAAAAAAAAAUAAUAAAGCUAUGUGGCAGAUUAGGUGCUCAGAAUGUAUAUUUGUCAUCAGUUCUUACUGAAGGAAACAGCUAUAUUUUUGAAAAGGAAAUAAAAGCCAGGAAGGCUUUGUCUAUUUUUCUUUGUUGAAACCAACAAUCUUCACUCUGUGUCUAUGUUUAACUUUUGUUACAGUAAAGCGUACAUCUGUCUUGUGUGAAAGCCGAUAAAAAGUUUUUCUUUUUUUUUUGUUUUGCAAGGAAUUUUUUGAAGGCUAAAUAUAUUGUACAUUGAAUUUAUCUUCAAGUUGUAAAAAUAUAUAUAUAUUAUAUCUAUGUGUGUGUGAAUCUUGGAAAAGCGUGAAUGCAUGAAGUGUGAGUGUGUUUGUGUGUUAAAUAAACCUACAGUUUCAUUUAGAACAUUCCUAACAUCAAUGAAGAUGUCCUGUAAAAUAAGAUUGUUCUCUGUCAGGAGUUUUUGGACAGAUGAGCCUUAAAUAUAGUUUAAGGCAAACUAGCUAUUUCAUACUUGCUACGUUGUUAAAAUUGUGAUUUGUCGUUCUUUUUGAACUUCAGAUGUGUCUAAUACUUAAUUUGCAGUGUUGUAGCUGUAUUACACUUAUUUUAUUUUGUUUCGUUUGGGCAGUAAUUCUGCCUUUUGCUUUUGCCACUUGGUAUACUUGCAGCCCCCUUUUCAUUCAUUUUUGUUUUCCUUUCUUUUUCACUUUCAUCCUGUGUCAGUUUCUUACUAGCAUAAUUAAUUUUGUUCAUAAGUAGCUAUCUUCUAUUAAUGUACAUAAACAUUGAAAAUAUUAAAUUAUUAAUGAAGAUAUUAAAAAUAUACAUCUAACUAUGCAAUACUGAAAAUAUUUAUUUUUAUUUAAAGCAUUAAAAGUAAAGGGAAAAUAUCAAUUUGAACUUAAAUGCAUUGUUACUGCAUCAAAAUGAAUUCUAAUACUAUCUAUUACUCUAUUAGAGCUGUGCUAAUUUGCUCAAUUUUGAACUAUGUUAUGCUCUUAUUGACUUAACUUCUCAAAAAGUUUCUUUGCAGUUCAUUGUAUCAUUUCUAUUUUUGUGUAAAAACCAUGAACUUUUGAUCAUUUAUUUCAUAUUUUUAUUAUUGAAGAAAGAAAAUAAAAUUUCCUCACAAAUAAAAAUUCAUUGCUGAAA